CUCGAGAGCCUGUCCUGAUUGGCUUGCUAUGGAGGCGGGGAAGGGAUCUUUUUGAGACUGGGACCACUUCCUGAAGCGCGGGGCAGGAAGUUAUCCGGUACCUCUGGAGUCCUGUGAAGAAAGUGUUCUCUGCCGCAUUGGUAGCGGUGAGAGCUGGAGGUGGUUGGGGACGUGGGCCGAUCGGUCUCUCUGGCUGGGAGCCGAUUUCCACCGCAGCACCACGGCCCCCUCCUCCAGCUUCGAGCCCGGUGCGGCUGCCCGGGGGGCUCCUUCAGGCUCCUUGACGCCGCUACAAGGGGCACCUACCCCGGCAUCGCCUGGGCCUCCAGCCAGGGGACUGGCUCCCGGCUUCAGCACUUAGGGCUGCAGUAAGAAGUGCCCUUAUCGCCCUUCUCCCUUCCCCCUUCCCUGAGCCACCGACCCUGGUCCAGAGCGACAGCCUUGGACCUGGGACUAGAGGAAGCCAAAACGCUCAGCCCCGGUCCCCCACAGACGGGGCUCUGCAUUGUCUCUGCUAUGUCACCCACCGUCUCCCAUAAGGACAACAGUCGGCAACGGCGGCCAGGGACUUUCAACCACUCUCUGGAUUUGAAGAGCGGUCCUCUGCCGCCGGGCAGCUGGGAUGACAGUCAUUCGGACUCUGUGGGCGGGGAAGGGGACAGAGAAGCUCUUCUGCGGGAUACCGGCACUGGUGACUUCUCAAAAGCACCACGGAGCUACCGAGCCGAACUGAGCAGCAUUUUGCUACUGCUCUUUCUUUACGUGCUUCAGGGCAUUCCCUUGGGCUUGGCGGGAAGCAUCCCACUCAUUUUGCAGAGCAAAAACGUUAGCUAUACAGACCAAGCUUUCUUCAGUUUUGUCUUUUGGCCCUUCAGUCUGAAAUUGCUCUGGGCCCCGUUGGUUGAUGCGGUUUACUUUAAGAACUUUGGUCGUCGCAAAUCUUGGCUUGUUCCUACACAGUAUAUACUAGGACUCUUCAUGAUAUAUUUAUCCACUCAGGUGGACCUUUUGCUCGGGAAUACCGAUGGCAGAACACCUGAUGUGGUUGCUCUCACUGUGACAUUCUUUUUGUUUGAAUUCCUGGCUGCCACUCAGGAUAUCGCUGUGGAUGGUUGGGCUUUAACUAUGUUAUCGCGGGAAAACGUGGGUUAUGCUUCUACCUGCAAUUCGGUGGGCCAAACAGCGGGCUAUUUUUUGGGCAAUGUUUUGUUUUUGGCCCUUGAAUCUGCCGACUUCUGUAAUAAAUAUUUGCGGUUUCAGCCUCAACCCAGGGGAAUCGUUACUCUUUCAGAUUUCCUUUUUUUCUGGGGAACUAUAUUUUUAAUAACAACAACAUUAGUUGCUCUUCUGAAAAAAGAAAACAAAGAAAUAUCAGUAGUAAAAGAAGAAACACAAGGGAUCACAGAUACUUAUAAGCUGCUUUUUGCAAUUGUAAAAAUGCCAGCAGUUCUGACAUUUUGCCUUCUGAUUCUAACUGCAAAGAUUGGUUUUUCAGCAGCAGAUGCAGUAACGGGACUGAAAUUGAUAGAAGAGGGAGUACCCAAAGAACAUUUAGCCUUAUUGGCAGUUCCAAUGGUUCCUUUACAGAUAAUAUUGCCUCUGAUUAUCAGCAAAUACACUGCAGGUCCCCAGCCACUAAACAUAUUUUACAAAGCCAUGCCCUACAGGUUAUUGCUUGGAUUAGAAUAUGCCCUGCUUGUUUGGUGGACUCCUAAAGUAGAACAUCAAGGGGGAUUCCCUAUAUAUUACUAUAUCUUAGUGCUGCUGAGUUAUGCGUUACAUCAGGUUACGUUGUACAGCAUGUAUGUUUCUAUAAUGGCUUUCAAUGCAAAAGUUAGUGAUCCACUUAUUGGAGGAACAUACAUGACCCUUUUAAAUACUGUGUCCAAUCUAGGGGGAAACUGGCCUUCUACAGUAGCUCUUUGGCUGGUGGAUCCCCUUACAGUGAAAGAGUGUGUAGGAGCAUCAAACCAGAAUUGUCGAACAUCUGAUUCUGUUGAGCUUUGCAAAAAGCUUGGUGGCUCAUGUGUUACAGCACUGGAUGGUUAUUAUGUGGAGUCAAUUAUUUGUGUUUUUAUUGGAUUUGGUUGGUGGUUCUUUCUUGGUCCAAAAUUUAAAAAGUUACAGGAUGAAGAACCAUCUUCAUGGAAGUGCAAAAGGAGCAAUUAAUGCAUAUGCUACUGGACAUUCUAGAAAGGUAAUUGUAGUUUAGUUUUGAUUCAGAGAGCUAUGAUAAUCAGUGCACAGGAGUAUAAAAUAUUAUUUUGAACAAGGAAAUUAUUAAUAUGAAAUGCCAAAUGGUUGAAAGAUAUAGACCUCUCUGUAUAUUUGAUCUUAUUUUUCCUUGCCUUGUCGAUGUAUUUAAAGUUUACUUAAGUUGGGAAAUUGAUUCUAAAACAACUUUUUUGGCCUUGUUAUUUGAUUUAUAUCUUUUUAAUUUACUGACCAAAGCAUGUUUUAAGCUGCAAUGCAGUAGUCAUGAGUGGUAACCAUGCCCACAAGUAUUGUUACCAGUACCUAUCAUUGAGCUGUGUUUAAAUUUUGGGUACAAUAUAUUAAAUGGAAAAGAGCUUGAUAUUCAGGUACUAACUAUAAACUAGUCUGACCUUGUUGGCAGUUAAAAUCUUAUUUUGAAUUGUAAAUUAGUUAAAUUUUAUGUGGAAUUUGCUGAGAAGAGAAUGUAGACUACUGAAAUGUCAUUUUGGUUGUUAUUUUUCUGAUGAUAACCACAUUGUAAAAAUGAAUCUGUGUUUAAAAGACUAUUUUAAAUGUAUUUCCUGCUUUUGUAAGCAUUAGAGAUUUAUAAGAAGAUUAUUCAAAUUAUUUUUUAUAAAUGAAAGCUAUGGCUUUUUUAAUUUAUUGAUUCCCCCUGCCCCCACCCCCUCUUUUUGGAAGAUAUUUUGAUUCUUUGUUAACUUUUACCCUAAAGUUUAUGUAUGUUUUUUGUCACAAGUGCUUCAUGGCACACAGACAGCUAAUGAGGGGAUCAAAUUUAGUGUUAUAUGUAUGUUCACAGCAAAGUUUUAAAAAUAAAAAUUAAAUGUUAUUCCUCAAGUAGUUUUUUUUUCAUUAACAAGAGAAAAAACAAUAAAGCUUUCCGAUUAAGUAAAAUUUCAAUGAAUAAUUCCAUAAUUUUCAAAACUAAUAUUUUAAAGAGAGAGACAAAGACAUUUUGUGCCUUUGACAAAAAUUAUGUGGUGGAAGAAUAUUCUUAAUUAAGCACUUUACUAGUGAAAAAGAGCUCACAGUUACUUUAUGCCAAAUCAGGUACUGCAUUUUCAUUUAUUGAAACACAAUCUUUUGUUUGUAAAGUAUAAUUUCCAGUGGACAAUUGCUAUUCCAGAAGAAUUAAGCUUCUGAGUACUUUAGCAAUUUCCAACAUAUUAUGUACACCCAGUGAUAAGGUUCUUUGCAUAUUUUCUGUUAUAUAUUACUCUGAUGCAUUAGAGAUUAUAUAAACUCUUCACAAAUUAGAGAAAAAUAGAGAUUAAGUUGUGUGUAUUACUCUGAUGCAUUAGAGAUUAUAUAAACUCUUCACAAAUUAGAGAAAAAUAGAGAUUAAGUUGUGAGUCUUAAUAAUUUUAUCUUUCUAGGAACAUAUAUACUAACUCCUGACUUUGUUAACUUUAUAACAUAGAUGGAAUUUUAGAAUGGGGUUUUUAUAAAUACAGGAGAAUAAAACGGGUGGGAGAAAAUGGCACACAGCAUCUGAAGAAAGAUAGAGGGCAGUGGCCUCUAGAACUCAUGCACUGCCAUUGGAAAGCCUGUGUUGGGCAUCGAUGUCAGAUCCUGAAGAAUCACCUGGAAAAAUAUUCAUCCUAGAGGCAAGGAGGCCACAUCAAACCACAGACUACAGUACUUUGUCACAUGGUUGUCCAUUAUCAUGUAUUAUAAUCAAAAUGUUUACUUGAAUAAAGAAAAGAGCUCAUUUAACUCUCA